AUGUGGGGGGACCGGGAACUCCUUGCCGUGAAGCUCGGCCCUGGAGGAGUGGCACCACUGGCUAGAGAGGGCGGAACAACCUCCGCCAAAACGGCUCAACUGACGUCAGGCACGCUGGGUCAGUUUUUCAGCCGUUUCAACUUCAUUCUCACCUACCGUCCCGGAUCACGGAAUGUCAAGCCUGACGCCCUUUCCCGCCAGUUCACCCUGGAGGACGGCCCCUCCCCGACCGAAACCAUCAUCCCUCCUUCCUGUGUGGUGGCGGCGGUGCAUUGGGAGAUCGAGGACACGGUCAGGGAGGCCCAGGCCCGCGAUUCCAGACCCAGGCGGCCUUGGUACCACAUAGCGGUGGACUUCGUGACCGGACUCCCGCCUUCUCAGGGAAACACGGUAAUCCUUACCGUGGUGGACCGCUUCUCCAAGGCCGCCCACUUUAUUGCCCUGCCUAAACUCUCGACGGCCAAGGAGACUGCUGACCAGCUCACCGCUCAGGUUUUCCGUCUUCACGGCAUCCCAGUGGACAUCGUGUCUGAUAGGGGGACCCAGUUCACGUCCCAACAUGGCACCGUUUUGUCCAUAUCCCCGGCCUCCAAGAAGGCAUCGAUCAUCGACGUGGAAUCAGGGGACGUUCACAAAAACGACAAAAGCCUAAAGAAGCAUUCUAUGUUCGUUUCUUUAUCGUGGAAAAAGCUCGUGGCCAACCCGGCAAAGAAGAGCGCCAAGAAGGUGACACCGAACCCUAUAGUGCCAUCCAACCAGGUGGCGCAUCUCAACAGCGAAAAUGCCAGAAAAACGCACCAAACUGAAGAAAAGAAACCGAAAGCCCCCAUCCCCGUGCCAGUGCCCACCGUCCCCGUGAACAACGAGCAAAAUGGAAGACUUGGCUGUGUACAGAAGCAACCAAGCACUUUGUCUUUGCUGUCUCCAAGACGCAUUGUUAUUCAAGCGUCCACCGGGGAGUUACUGCGAUGCUUGGCGGACUUCAUAUGUCGCAGAUGUUAUAAAUUGAAGGAGCUGAACACAGGGGAGGUGAUCAUGUGGUUUCGCAACAUUGAUCGGACACUGUUACUUCAAGGCUGGCAAGAUCAGGGCUUCAUCACGCCAGCUAACGUGGUCUUCGUGUAUCUACUGUGCGAAGACACAAUUGAGGACAGCGUGGACAGCCCGGUAGUCCUACAAGGAACGUUUCAGACUUGCCUUUACCUGGCUUACUCAUACAUGGGCAACGAGAUCUCCUACCCACUCAAACCGUUCAUGAGCGAGGCCAACAAGGACGUUUUCUGGGAGACGUCGCUGCGCAUAAUCAACAGGAUGAGUGCCAAAAUGCUGCAGCUCAACGCGGACCCGCAUUUUUUCACCGAGGUUUUCCAAGAACUGAAAAACCAACGAGAAACGAACGAAGCUAGCUUGGAUCGCUGAGUAAAACGGACCCAGGC